GGCUGAAGCUGCCAUUCUGCCUAACAUCUCAUUUUCAGCUACACAAAAGAAAGAAAUUCAUGUUUGGAAGCGAACAGCAUGAGGGUGUGUAUAUUUUCGGGUGAAUUAUUCCUUUAAAGGCAACUUCGUAAGUGUUCGUCAAAAAUUGAGGUGAAAUGCAAUAAUAAUGUCUUCACUUCACUCACUUCAGUUUUAUGAAGACAUCAUAAAUCAUUAAUAGUAAUGAAUAAAACUGCUCUGUAACUCUACUGAGCUACUGACUUUUGCCACCUCCGCUGCGCAUGCGCGGUAUCACAGCAACAGCGAUAAACUUGCAGACAGACAGUGAGCCCAAGAUGUCAUCGCAGCGGGAGUACGAGGCGGCAGAAUACCUCGAGAAACACAAAAUUAUUGAGCUGAUGGAUAAUUUAACUAGUAUGCUCUUCUUCUACAGACCAGAUCGCCUAAAGGAUUUUCUGAUCGACCAACUUGAAAAGCUCAAGCUUUCCAAAGCUCGUCUAGGAAUCACUCCGUGCCUCUUUAACGACUCCAACUUAGAUGCGCUGUUUGGAGUCUUGGAUCCUUCCAAUCAAGGCUUUAUCACUUGUGGUCAAUACAAAGAAGCACUGAAGACACUUGGCAUCAAGAAUUUCAAUGAGUUCCCGGAUGGAGCCAGUGAUGACAGGAUAUCACAAGAGACGUUCAUAAGAGAGGCGACAGAAGGGCUUGUCAGAAGUGCAGCAACAUUCCAGCUAUAGGUGAAUCAACAACUCUGUAAAAUAACUUUUGUAAUGAUUUCCAGAUCAACUAAACAGCUCUCAUAUGACAAAAAAAUAAAUAAAUACCACAAAUAAAAUUAAAAUGUGAACAAAUAUACAA